CCUCUCUUGAGAUGAUAAAUACCUGCCCAGGAUGGGCCUGGAAUGUUUACUAAGACCGUACGGUCUACAUCUAAUUCCUAGGAGGAAUCGCUGUCAAUUAUGUGAAGAUGCCCAAACUUUUAUUUUCAAAGAUUCGGAUCUAUGAAUUGAAGGAUAUACCGCAAAAUAGAACACAGAGAAGAAGGAUCGAUAUCCUUCUAAGCAGAAAAAGACAGAAAAAAGACAUCCAGUGUAUUCUGGCACAAAAGAUAAAUGAUGAGUCCUUUUCUACAAAAAUCAAUCUAGAGGACAAUAGAGGAAUCCAGCCAACUCUUGAGACCUUGUUGAAGGACGAAAGGUGCCUUGCAGCCUUCCGAGCCUUCCUGCGGUCCGAAUUCAGUGAGGAGAAUAUUGAAUUUUGGCUAGCAUGCAGAGACUACAGAAAGACCAUCUCACCGGCUGACCUGUUCUGGAAAGCAACAGAGAUCUACCAGGAGUUCCUCCAUCCCCAGGCCCAGAGAGAGAUCAACGUUGACCACCACAUCCACGAGAAGAUCAAAAGGUCCAUGAAAGCCCCUGCUCUAUGCUGCUUUGACGAGGCAGUGAGACAUGUGUACAAACUGAUGGAGAGCGACUCGUAUUCCAGGUUCCUCAGGUCAGAUGCCUACCUGGGGCUCAGACGCAAAGCCAGGACCUUCUGGUAGAGGUUACGGGUCAAGAGUUUGUGAAUCAAAAUUCACCAAGUCCAAACAAGGAGGAUUCCAAACGAGUCAUGGAAACAUGAGACUUUAGAUCCUGAGGAUAGAACUGAAAGAUCCCCACAGGAAGUGACACAUAAUGACCACAGGAAAUUAAUUAUGAGUUGGAGAAGAAGAAAAAAUGAGUAUAAAGUAUGGAGAAGCAUUGAGUGUUA